AAGUGGACUAUUGGAUAAGCAGGUACUUGUAUGCACACAACAACAGGCCUACAAAACAGUCGAGUUGGAUACCGUCCUGGGCGAUGUGCCUGUGCAGUACCGGGAGGUUCAAGAUUACGAGUCGGAAGAAUUCUUGGAUUUAUGGAAACCAGCCAUGAUUGUGAUGUCUGGUGGGGCGGAUUCGGGCUUUGAAAAAGUAGAGCCAGUUGAUUACCAGCCACGACUCCUGCACAUCAAAGGCAAACGCAAUAAAAUGCGCUGCCAGGCUGUCCCGGUUGAAUUGGAUAGUCUGAAUGAUGGUGAUGUGUUUAUACUAGAUAAAGGUCUGGAGAUUUUCCAGUGGAAUGGAACGAGUGCGGGAAUCUUCGAGAAGAGGCGCGCUAUGGAGGUGUCGGAGUUCCUGAAGCAGCAGCGACACGGAAAGGCCGAGUUUCAGGUGAGUGUACAGGGUAACGGCUCCUGA